AUGAGUCCAUCAAGGUUUCCAUAUCCCAUGGUGCUAGUCUCACUGCACAUGUCCUGCGGCUCCCUGCUGAGCUGUGGACUUUACAUGGCUAUGCCCACUCUUUUUACAGCUCUUACGGACCCCGACAAGAAGGUGGCUGUCGAUGCCACCUUCUUGUGGUCUCGUGUUCUUCCUGUUGGCUUAGCCUUUGCAACGUCUUUGAUUUGCAGCAACGUGGCCUAUGAGUACGCGAGCGUGCCAUUUCUCCAGAUGGUGAAGCAGAGCAACGUUAUCAUUGUUUUCUUCCUGUCUCUCCUUGCUGGCUUGGAGCAGUUUCGGAGUAAUUUGGCUCUGGUUUUGCUUUGCAUAGUUGUGGCCACGGCGUUCACUGUGAACGGGGAGCUUCGCUUUUCGCUGACAGGGUGGGGCAUGUUGACAGGUGUAGUACUCCUUGGCUCCUUCAAUCAUUGGCAUGCUGCGCAGUUUGCGGCCAUUCCCAGCCUCGAGACCUUUCAACAGUGCAACGUUGCAGUGGCCUUUUUGCUGAAUGUGAUUACCGCCAACUUCCUGAAGCACGGGUCACCGUUGUCACUUUUGCUGACCAACCUUAUCAAGGAUGCAUUCAUUGUUGUUGCCGGCUGCGCGAUUUUCAGCGAUCCUAUCAGCAUUGAGCAGGGCUUUGCGUUCGUUGCACAGCUCUUUUUCAUCUUCCUUUGGUCGAUGAUGAAGGCUUUCCCGGACGUCUUUGAGAAGGAAGGUUUAUGGCAAGGCAUCUCCAGUCUCCUGGUUUGUCAACAAUUGCCUGGACAGUUUCCAUGA